CCUGGUUAAGGGAUGUAGUCUUUCAUCUGUUUUUAUUGACAAGGUGAAAGGGCCCAGACGAGACAGACAGCGAAGUGGUUGUCACACCAGAUUUAGCUAAUGUGAUGGUUUAAAUAAAUAGUUAAUUGGCCUUAAAGGUAGAAUCUCGAGCCUUGCGAGGUGCUUGAAGUGUGUUCGCAGCUUCUGAUUCUUUCUAUUGCUGUCACAAAAUAAACAGGGGUGGAGCUGUUCGCUGCAGGUCCGUCGACGGCAGUUUGCGGCGAGAGAAUGCAGAGUCUGUUGCCUGCGCUGACUCUCAGACAGCUGGGUCGUCUGAACUCCAUUCAGCUCUUCUCCACAGGCCAUGGACCAGCGUGGAGCUCAUGGUGUCCUCGGACAUUGCAUGCACGUCAGCUGUGGGGCUCCGUCGGUCCCGUGACACUGAGGACACAAGCUUUGACAACAGUAAGGGAUUCUUCCUCAGCUUGGUCCGUACAUCAGGCUAGGUACAGAUCCACAAAAAAGAAAGGAUGCCAAAGAACAGUGCAAGAAGAGGAUGAUGAUGAGGAUGAUGGCGACUCUGAGGAUGAACUUCAAGAUGAUCCAGGGUUGCCAAAAGACUAUAAAGACACAGAGAAGUAUGUGCAGUCCUUUCGCUAUGACCUCAUCUUGAAAGCUGGCCUGGACAUGGCACGGAACAAAGUGGAGGAUGCCUUUUAUGGAAGCAGACUGCGAUUAAAUGGAUUGAAACUAAUCAAGAAGAGCAAAACUGUUAAAGUAGGAGACACUUUGGACUUCAUACUGGGUGAGGACAAAGAAAUAGACUCUGUCAACCUAAAGAGAGUCAUCUUCAAGAAAGUAAUAGGAGAGACAAGAGAUGCUGACAAGUAUAAAGUCAUUUUAAGAACCUGGAAAAACCUACAGCUACCUAAGAACGACGUUUACAAGGAUUGACAACAUUUUUGAAAAAAAAAAUAUAUAUAUAUAUAACUGGACUAAAGAACUUGUGUUUGAUUCUGCAGUGCUGAGGGAUUUUUUAACGGGAGCUCGUGGCUCUUUGGUAGUUGUGUCAAACACUUGUUAAGUGCUUUUUUGUAUCAUGAUGACUCCAUUUUCUAUGAAAAGGUUGAGGUGGUUUGGCUAUGAUUUCAUAUUGUGGAAACUUCACUUAUUGUGUUACAGAGAACUGACAGGUCAAAAUGGUACAAGUCUGACCUGUACAAUGGUUUUGUUUACUUUUAAAUGUUCUUUAUGUUGUCAGGAGACAAAAAAAAACUUUUCCUAUAAUACACAGAAAUCGGUUUAUGUAUUUUGUUUCAUCACUAUUGGAACACUUAAAAUGCAUAUUGUAGUAGGGAGCUGGGUAUUGAGUUUGGAUUGGAGUUUUGAUUGGAGUCUGAUUUUUGGAGACCUAGAGAGCUGGUGCUCUCUAAUAUUGAUCAUUCAGUGGAGUUGCUGCUGUCUAAUGAUCAUGAUUGUUAAGCACUUAAACAGAAUAAAACAAAAAGUAACUGAA